AGGCUUGGCUAAAUCUAUAUAUUAUACUUACAAAUCAAAGUUCUCCAAUAUUCUCCAGAGGAGUAAUUCUAAUUAAAUUCCAAAAGGCAAAUCUUUAUCAUUCUAGUAUCUUACCUAUGUUUCUUAAACGUAUUUGUUAUACCAUGCUAAAAGGUUCCAGAAUAUUCUCACACGUCGGAAUGAAAAAUUUGUCCCUAGACAACCAGAGCUUGGACAAAUUUUCCUAUUUGGUUUUUCCUCUAUAGAUAUUCCAAUGUUACCAGUAUCUGAGAACCAAAAUCAUGAUGACGUCAUUUGGGAUGUUUUUGAACUUGACCGUGAGCAGAUAACGUUGGUAAGGAUACUGGGUACUGGUAAUUUUGGUCAAGUUUCCAAAGCAACAUAUGGUGAUUCGAGAUUGGAGGUGGCUGUUAAGUCUCUAAAAGAAACUGCCCAGCAGAAGGACAUACAGGACAUGCUCACUGAAUUAGAGGUUAUGAAAUCGAUGCAGCCUCAUCCCCAUGUGGUCAGACUUAUUGGUUGUUGUACUGAAAAAGAUCCGCUGUUGAUUGUUUUGGAGUAUUUACCAUACGGUGACUUGUUAGGAUACCUGCGCAAGAGCAGAGGACACGAAGAUACAUACAACACAGGAGAAAAAAGACCAAAUUCCAGACUCACUGAAAAAGAGCUGCUAUCUUUUGCUUGGAUGAUAGCUGAUGGAAUGAGCUAUCUGGCAACAAUGAAGGUAAACCAUGGAUCUGGUUGAAUCCACCAUCAUUUCUCUCAAGGGGGACUGUGGAAGAAUCUUCCUUCUUCUUAACUGGAAAGAUGGAGUUCGUUUCUGGUUCGCUGUUAAGACAAUGUGACAACAAAUGAUCUUUGUACUUGAAGAAUUAACC